AUGACGGAUGUGGAGGGCCACUGGUCUUAUUUCUGUAACUUCGUAGAGCUGUCAGAGGGCCUCACAUUUGCAGAAGAUGGCGAUCAGCGUGAUGCUCGACGUCCUCCAGAACUGAUCUUGAAGGACGGCUGGCACUUUGUUUUCGGUGGCGACACCUGUGACAAAGGUCCUGGGUCUUUGAGGUGUCUAGAGACGCUGGUUUCGGCCAAGAAGCGCUAUCCCGACAGAGUUCAUUUGCUUCUCGGAAAUCGGGAUAUAAACAAGAUGCGAUACACCUCUGAAUUUACGGAUGAAGAGGUGCGAAAAAUCUCAUCUGAUACACCUGGUGCAUACUGGGUUCCGGAGGACAAGCGAGUGAGUCCGUGGAGUUACUUCACAAGCCUAGCUGCUCAUGCAGAAGGCAAGGAUACGGACCACCUGACACAUGAGGAAAUUCGGCACUUCUGCACCAAGUCCAACUUGAUGAGAUAUCAUCUCAAGUACGACAUGGGCUCUGACGGCGAGUUUGAAUUUCGGCGUCAGGAGCUUGCGCACAUGUCAGAGAGGAACGUGGCCGAAGUGUCUGACGAAGAAGUCGUCAAGAGCUACGAGGAUAGCGUCGCAGAGGACGGAGUCAUGCGCGAUUAUCUCCGACUCGGAGAGAUUGCCUGCAUCCUGGGAUCCACCCUCUUCGUCCACGGCCAAAUCAUCGGCAACCAGUUCUAUGACUGCGGGCAUGAUGGUGUCGCGUGGGCUGUGGGUUGUGUGCCCUCAGAAGAUGGUGCGACCUUCGAGUGGGUGGCGGAUCUGAGGGACUGGGUAAAGCAGGUCAAUACCUGGGCCCGACGAAGUGUGGGGGCGUGGCAGGUCCAGCCAACCUGGCAAAGGUCUCCCUCCGCUCCAACUUUCGAGGAGUGGUCUCACAGAGGAGGUGCUGGGCUCAUUGCCUAUGGAACCCCCGCCACACGUGUACCUUCAGUGGUGUACUGCCGCUGGCUGGAGGGCAAUUGCAUGCCCAAGUCUCCCUGGCUCAUUGCCACGAGUACCUGGAUGUACCCUUGCAUGCUUCCGGUUGCUUUGGCUCGACCAGCGGACGUGAAGUGCGCAGCGCCGCAGCGCGUACUGGGCUCCUUCGCCAUCAUGUCGGAGCAGUCAGCAGAAGAUCGGCAGAUCGAGCAAUGGAAGGUGAAGCGCCUUGUCAGGAUGCUCGAUGCUGCACGUGGAAAUGGCACCUCAGCCAUUACAUUAAUUCUCAAUUCCAAACAGGACAUCAACCUGACGAACAAGAUGUUGACGGAGGAGUAUGGCACUGCAUCGUGCAUCAAGUCGCGGGUAAACCGCUUGUCCGUGUUGUCUGCUAUCACAUCAACGCAGCAGCGAUUGAAGAAGUACAAUCGCACUCCGCCAAACGGCCUCAUCGUUUUCUGUGGUGAGGUCUUGACGGAGGACAACAAGGAGAAGAAGCUCACCAUCGACUUCGAGCCAUUCAAGCCCAUUAACACCUCCAUGUACCUCUGUGACAGCAAAUUUCAUACCGAACCCCUCGCUGAGCUCAUGGAGGAUGAUGACAAGUUUGGGUUCUUGAUCAUGGAUGGUAACGGCUCUCUGUUCGGCACUGUGCAGGGAAACCAUCGUGAAAUCUUGCACAAAUUCACAGUGGACUUGCCAAAGAAGCACGGCCGAGGAGGACAGUCUGCCUUGCGUUUUGCGCGCCUCCGACUGGAGAAGCGACACAACUAUGUACGAAAAGUUGGAGAGACAGCGACGCAGAUGUUCAUUCCGAACGGAGAGACCCCGAACAUUAAGGGGCUGAUCGUGGCAGGUUCUGCGGAGUUCAAGCAGGAUCUGACGACGAACACAGACCUCUUCGAUCAGAGACUAGCGGCAAUUGUCAUCCCCCCGCUCCUUGACAUUAGCUACGGUGGAGAGGCUGGUUUCAACCAGGCGAUUGAGCUGUCGGCAGAGACACUAAGAAACGUGAAGUUUGUCCAGGAGAAGAAGCUAGUCACGAAGUUCUUGGACGAGGUUGCCACAGACUCUGGCCGAUACUGCUUCGGGAUUAAGGAUACGAUGCAGGGCCUGGAGGCUGGUGCUGUGGAGAUCUUGAUCAUUUGGGAGCAGCUGGAUAUCAAGAGGCUGGUCAUCCGGAACCCGCACACCGAUACAGAGGAAGUCAAGUAUGUGACUCCAGAACAGGAGAAGGAUCCAAAGCUGUACGUGGACAAGGAAACGAACGUAGAGCUGAACGUCACGGAGAACGAGGCGUUCUUGGAUUGGAUAGUUGUGAACUACAAGAACUACGGCACCAAGCUGGAGUUUAUUUCGGAUAGGUCGCAGGAAGGCAACCAGUUCGUCAAGGGCUUUGGAGGCAUCGGUGGGCUCAUGAGAUACCAGCUUGAGUUUGACAUGCUGGAGGAGCCCGACCUGGCGGAAGCGGACAGCGAUGAUGACUUCAUGUGA